CAUGGUUCAUCAUGGUUUAUCAUUUCCCUCAAGGAUCAACGGGGUCCUUUGUGCACGUUCAUCUUGCUACCUGAUCACCCGUUGAUGCUUUCACCAUGCUUCUCUUCCCUUCGCCUCACAGUUGAUCCUCUACAUACUCGUAUGACUAUCAUCAUCGCAAAAGCCUUCUCAAACCCUUGCUGCCCGAAUUGUGGGACUCUCUCUCGCUGAACCCUUGUCGCCCACCAGCCUUCCCGAAACUCAUUCCCUCACACACCUGUUUCCCAUUUUCUUCCACUCCUUUAUCAGAAUCACACGACCAGGCCAGACCAGACCGGACCAUCCAUCUUCCUCUUCUCCCUGGGUCUUGCAUCUCUCCUGCGCCUGCCUCGGAGUCCACGAUCCACGACAUCAUACCUCGUUUCGAGCGCUGCGCUUUUUUUCUUUCGACAACCACUCUACCUGCAGUUCGACUUCAAACCUCGCCGCGACCUACUCUGUGCCAUCCCACGCUUUCUCGCCUCCCAUCGCUAUCACGUCGAAUAUUCCGAAUACCAGCCUACAUCGUAAAAUCCCAUUUCCGUCCCGACCCAGCUGGCGCAUCCCGAGCCCGUGCACGAUAAACUUGAACCCCUCUCCUGGCGCGAAUUAAAAUCCCGAAAUCCCAAAAAGACAAUUAUUCUGUCAACCCUGAACGCCCGACACUGCGUCUGUGCGGCCUCUCCGAGUUUGGGCAGCGCGUUCGUCAUCGGAGAAUCGACCAUAUAAUAAGCGAUACAAUCUUCAGUCCCAACCUUCCGUCAGAAACAUCGAGCCUAAUUCGAGGGGCAAAGCUGCUCUAAGCUCCCACUACCAUGGCAGACAAGAUAUCCAUUACCAUAUGUGGGGAUGGUGGCUGUGGUAAAUCCUCCAUAACCCUGCGCUUGGUGAGGUCGCAAUGGACUUCAGAGUACGACCCUACUAUCGAAGACUCCUACUCCGUCACUCGAACAGUUGACGGCCUGAACUACUACCUUUCUCUAACCGAUACCGCGGGACAAGAAGAAUACCGAAGUCUAUGGGCGGCCUCCAACCUCCAAUCCGAUGCUUUCCUUCUCGUCUACGAUAUCACCAAUACUGCAUCACUCGAGGGUCUCUCAUGGUUUCUCGACAUGAUUGACAUUGAAGCAGAAAACAGAGAAGAAGAAAAUAGCAGGUUGCUAAGAGAGAAGGGCCCCAAGGUUCGAGGGCGAAGAGAACAAGGGUGGAAGUUCCCUCCUAUCAAGAUCAUGGCUGGUAACAAAUGCGACCUGAAAGAUGCCCGGGUCGUCAGUAGUAAGGUCGGAUGGGAGUAUGCUAAGAGCAAGGGUUGUGGUUUCAUGGAGACCAGUGCAAGAGAGAUGGUCAAUAUUGAAGAGACUUUUGCUUUGAUUGUACGCAGAGUCGUCGAAGCUAGAAGACAGGAAGGCGCGGGUCCCCAGAACUACCCUCAAUAUACUCCCUUCGGUUCCAAAGGGCAUACCCCCAACGUCAGUGGUGCCGGCACUUCUGCAUAUCAAAUGCCCACCUCUAUGCAGCCAAACCAACAGCCGAUCAACCCCAACCCUGUGUCCAUGAACGAGAAAUCCGGAUUCGAUGACGACAACGGAAGCAGACCUUGGUGGAAGAAGAUGUUCUGUUGUGGCUGAGGCCGGUUUAUUGUCAAGUUAUAGUGUACAAUACGGUGGUUGUCUGCAUAUUUCGACAUCGACAUCGACCUCGAUUCGGAUGAGGCUCUGUGACUAUAUCUGAUAAGAGGAGGAUACUGUCUGCCUACAGUCGCAGUCAGACACCUUGCCAGGAUGACCCCUGGCCCCAAGGAGUGCGCUUGUGCAACUUGUUUUCGGGCCAUCGCAUGCACGACAUGCAUGCAUCCUGCCGUGAAGGAUCCUCACGGUGCUGAUCCGGAUCUUUGAUCCCUUGAGUGACCAAGUUGUUCACUCAGUGAAAGCGGCAAUUACAAGCUCCGCGCCUCCGGCUGGUCUCGAUCUCACUCAAAUCGCCGAGUCGACCGUACAGCUCUCCAAAGAACAGAAGACAACUUGACCUUUAAGUCUCGCACCGUGGAAGUCUGAUGUUUCAUAUAUCAACACAUUAACGAUCAUUUGUACUAUUCAUGAGCGACAUACAUUUCUGUAUGGUAUAAAAGGUACAAUCGACAGAAAAUCGGUGCCGCAAGGCCAAAAGUGGAAAUCCUACCUGUACACCAUCGUUGGCUGUAUUCAUUCGGCAAGAUAGUGGUUGACAGAAGGAUUAGGAGUAUGAACUGUACAUUUGACGCAAUACUAUGUGGUCCAUGAUCAGAUGUAAGAAAUGGAGAAACGUUGUCCAUAUAGGUAUCUUUCGAACAUACACCGUACAUGGACUAACCAGGCAGUGACGACAAUGAUUCUCGUCGAGUGGCCGUCGUCGGUAUCCAGUCAGACUUACGCCGUCGCCUAGUACAGGAUCUCAGUUCGCAAGCUGGACGACCGAUGUACUCUGGUAAGAAAGAUCCGACAAUGAAGAAUAUACAGAUACCUAAUGAU